AUGACAGCGUCAUUGCUUCUCCAUUCCCGCUGGAUUGACCCGGUGAUGUUUCUUUACGACAACGGUUUAGAUGAAGUGAACAAAAAUAUGGAAGGAUUUGCGGGAGGCAAUUUUGCUGCAAACCAGUGCAGGAAUCUGAUGGCGCAUCCGGCAUCCCUGGCUCCGAGCGCUACUUACACGUCGAGUGAGGUGCCAGCGGCUGGCAUGGGCGAACCUGUCAAACAGUGCAGCCCCUGUUCGGCCGCGCAGAGUUCUACCAGCGCCUCUCUACCCUAUGGCUAUUUUGGCAGCAGCUACUAUCCGUGUAGGAUGUCACACCACAGCAACAUUAAGUCGUGCGCGCAGCCUUCUUCAUAUGCAGAGAAGUACAUGGACACAUCCGUCUCUGGGGAGGAAUUCACCUCCAGAGCCAAGGAAUUCGCCUUCUAUCAAGGCUACGCCACCGGCCCUUACCAACCUGUACCCAGCUAUUUGGACAUGCCUGUUGUGCCCACCAUGAGUGGUCCCGCAGAGCCCAGACACGAGUCUCUCUUGCCCAUGGAAAGUUACCAACCGUGGGCAAUCACCAACGGGUGGAACAGUCAAGUUUACUGCGCUAAGGACCAGGCGCAGCCCAACCAUAUGUGGAAGUCGUCAAUCCAAGAGGCAGUGUCUCACGCUGGAGAAGGCAGCUCUAUUCGACGUGGAAGAAAGAAACGCGUGCCAUACACGAAGGUACAGCUGAAGGAACUGGAGCGGGAGUACGCCACUAAUAAAUUCAUUACAAAGGACAAGCGAAGGCGGAUAUCCUCACAGACAAACUUGACCGAGCGACAAGUCACAAUAUGGUUUCAGAACAGGCGAGUAAAAGAGAAGAAAGUUGUCAACAAAUUCAAGAACACCAGUUAG